CCAAGAGUAACUGCAACUCUCACUUCUCUGCUUCAUCACUCACUAACUCAAACUCAAAUAGGGGGUGUAGAAAGUAGAAAUAUCUGAUUCUUACUAAAAAAAACAUUGCGAUUCACAAAAUGGAGCUUAGUAAAGUGACAUUAGAGAUAUUCACAAAACUUGAACAACAAUGGCUUUCAGUUUCACAAUGUGGAGCCACUUCCAAAACCCGCAUACUAAGCAUAGACGGCGGAGGAACCACCGCCAUUGUCUCCGGUGCAGCCUUAAUCCAUCUCGAGGACCAGAUCCGUUCACAAACCAAAGAUCCUCACGCUCAAAUCACUGAUUACUUUGACAUUAUCACCGGAACUGGCAUUGGCGCCAUACUCGCUGCUAUGAUCACUGCUGAUGACGGCUUUGGUAGGCCUCUCUAUACUGCUAGAGAGGCUGUUACUUUCAUCGCCGAUAAGAAUGAUGAACUAUACAAACCGAAGUCUGUAGGCGUUUUCCGCCGGAGACGAGGAUUCUCUUCGAGAAGUAUGGAGAGAUUGUUGAAGAAAGUGUUUCAAAGCAAAGAAAGUGAAGGAAAAUCGUUGACGUUAAAGGACACAUGUAAGCCUUUGCUUAUCCCUUGCUUUGAUCUCAAGACUUCAGCACCGUUCGUUUUCUCACGAGCGGACGCGUCCGAGUCACCGAGUUUCAACUUCGAGCUUUGGAAGGUCUGUCGCGCCACGUCGUCGACUCCAGGUCUCUUCAAACCCUCCCAAUUCGCUUCUGUAGACGGUAAAACCUCUUGCUCAGCCGUGGACGGUGGUCUUGUGAUGAACAAUCCGGCGGCAGCGGCUGUCACACAUGUUCUCCACAACAAGCGUGAUUUCCCGUCGGUGAAUAGCGUGGAGGAUCUGAUGGUUCUGUCAAUCGGAAACGGAGCGCCGGCGAAUAGAGUGCGUGAUGUCCGUGAGUGCUCGACGUCGACGGUGGUUGACAUUGCUCUCGACGGCGUUUCGGAAACCAUUGAUCAGAUGAUGGGAAACGCCUUCAGUUGGAACCGUACUGACUACGCCAGAAUUCAGGCGUAUAAUUUAGGAGAAAAGGGAAUGGAUGUGUUGAAGGAGAGAGUGUUGGAGUCGUUGCCGUUUGGUGGGAAGCGGUUACUAGAAGAAACAAACGGUAACAGAAUUGAGAGAUUUGUGCAACGUCUUGUUGCUACUGGAAAGUCUAGUUUACCACCUAGUCCCUGUAAGGUUACGCCGUUAGUUUCUUGCUAACGGUCUUUUUUAGUUGUAUUAUUUUGACGUGUAAGUUGUAACUUGUAUUAAGAUCAGUUUUUUUUUUAACUUGUUUUGGAUUAAUAAAUCUACUACUCCGUAGUACUUCAGUGUAGUGAUUUUCAGUACUUUGUUUUGCUGCUUCCUCUGAUUUUGAUUUUUUGGACUUUCAUAACUACUAUUACCAUUUCUUUUCUUAAAUGGGACAUGUUUAGAGAAAUAGUGGUAAUUUACGGUCAUGGUGCUAUUGUUAAUUUCCUUAAAUGGCUGCGUGAUUCGUGGAGUUGGAGAACCACCUACCCACGACUGCACUCGUGAGUCGUGUCAAGGUCAACUGUCAACUCUAAUUUGAAAAUGAGUUACUAUUUACGUGCUUAUUAUAUGUUCACUACGAAAGCCAAUAAGAGGUUUAAAUAAUGGUUGACCAUCCGUAUCACCAAUAAUAUAUAGCUAAGAAUGAAGUUUUUAAGGUCAUUAAAAGUAGAGUUUGGUCUAAAAUCAAGAUGGAAAAAUAAAACUUAUCUUUUGCAGGCAUAAGUAUUUUUAUUUUUAUAAAAGUUGUUGCCCGAGCUUUACCUACUUAUAUAUCACGAGUUGUUUGUUUAUUCCUAAACUAAAAGCGUUUAUGAAAAGAUGGAAAACCUUAUAUGUAACUUUUGGUGGGAAAGUAAGGACACUAACAAAGAUCCACUGCACCAACAAGCAACAACCGUGUAAAGCUAAAAGUGAAGG